GUUUGGAUAAUUUUUCGUUUCGUUUUGGAUAAUUUUUCGUUUCUUUUUUCACGAUCGUUUUUCUUUUUUUGCUUUCUGAGAGAUUCAAGAAUGCCCGAGUCUGUUGCUAGCCUUAAGAGAGAGAACAGUAAGCUUAAAGAUCAACUGUCUGUCAUGGCGGAUGAGAUUGCUAAGAUGAAGGUGAUGCUGCUGGAGCAGUCAAAAAAACCUGCAGCGACUAAUGACGAAGUAGAGCAAAGCUUAGAAUUCAUGAGUAAAGAAUAUGAUGACUUUGAGCGAUUCAGGGUCUCUGCUGGUAAAGAACUUGAUCGCUUAGGUGCCAUGCUUGAUGAGAUUGCUGUUGAAGUUAACAGAGUUUCCAGGAGCAUCGAUGAAUUUCAAGAGUACAGUUAUCAAUAUAAUGUUAAGAUUGUUGGUGUCCCUCAAUUGAGUCAAGAUGAAUCCUCGGCUUCUACGAGUGCGCUAUGUGAAUGUUUAUUUAAGGCAAUUGGAUCCGCUGUAUCAAUUCAUGACAUUGACACAGCCCAUCGAGUCCCAACGAGAAGCAAUGACAAUGGCGGCCCGCGGCCAAUCAUUUGCCGAUUUAUUAGACGAUUGUCAAAAGAUGAUGUCAUGAAUCAUAAAAGAAAUGCAAGUAAAGUUGCCCCAUCUGCUGUUGGUUUACCUGACGAUGCCUCCCUUUCCGCUGUUAGAAUUUUUGACCAUUUAACGCCAAGGAUGCAAAAGGUUUUAUUUGAAGCUAAGAGGUUCAAGGAGCAGUUUCACUAUCAGUAUUGCUGGUCGAAGGGAUCGCUUGUUUAUCUUCGUAAAGAUACCACGUCUCGAGCCAUCAAGAUUAAGGAUAUCACGGACCUGCACCGAUUAACGAAUGGACGUGAAGGCUAAGUAUUCAUGUUGAU